AUGAACGGGACAGAGAAGGUGGGUGAGACGAAUUUGGUGACGAUUCCGACGCUUAAGAGCGUGAAGUGGGCGUGGUUGCAGCCAUUUGAGGUGUUGCCGACGGAGGAGGAUGGGGAGGAGGGGGCAGAAUAUCGAGGUGAGGAGGGAGCGGGGAAGAAGGAAGCGUUGGGCGGAACGGAUCCGGUGGCGGAUAAGUUCACGCAAUAUAUGGCGCUCGGGGUCACACUGUCGGAUGAGAAGCCGAGAUAUGAGGUCGGUCCGUAUACGGCAAUCGAGGGAUAUUUGCAGCUGUUGGAGCCGCUUAUGAAGGCGGAGACGACCGGAUCGUGA